AUGCAGUUCACCACAGCCACCCUCCUCUUCCUCACCGCCAUCACCGUGGUAGCAUCCCCUGUUGAAUCCGUCCCUGGCGACAUCCGAAUCAAGUUCGACGGGAAAUGUACAAAAUCCACCGAUCAAUGCAGUUUCACCCGCAACGGCAAGACUAGCAUUUCUAAAUGCUCUACUGCCACGGCUGUGAACUACAGGUGCACCAAAGAUAAGAACCCUUGCACCUACGAUGACGUUGAUGGAAAGACUCGUUGCACCUAA